AUGCAUCCUGAUGAAAGAGACUCAUAUAAAACUGCAGUCCGUGCAUCUAAACAAGAUAGAUGGGAAGAAGAACAAGGAAGGAACUUUGUUAACCCUAGAGGUCAAGGAUCAGGAUCUUCUCGAGAGGGUGGUAGUCAACCAUGUGCUCAAUUUCGUCGUGCAACAAGUGUGAGGGAGCCCAUUCGUAGACAACAAUCUCAACAAUUUUCUCCAGUUGCACUUGCACCUUCGUUGUAUAAGUCAUCCGGUGCAAAACAAAAAAAUAUAAAAGAUGUGUUGACAAAAGGUGGUAUGAAAAACACAUUGGGAAGGCUAGUAGCAAAGUUCUUUAUUUAUGAUAAUGUCCCACCUGCAAAGGCAAAAUCGCACCAUUUUAAAAACAUGAUCGUUGGUGCUCAACAAUCAGGUAUGGGAGUUCAAAUUCCAUCUCCAUAUGAAAUUAAGGAAAAAUAUCUCGACAUGGAAUAUAAAGAGAUGCAACAGCAUAUUGAAAAGUUUAAAGAAAGCUGGAAGAUAUAUGGUUGUACAAUUAUGUGCGAUGGAUGGACAGGACCAACUAAGCUGUCAAUAUUGAAUUUUAUGGUAGUCACAGAUAACGGUUCUGCAUUCGUAAAUGCUGGUAAGAAAUUGAUGACACAGUACAACUUGUAUUGGACACCAUGUGCUGCGCAUUGUAUUAAUCUUAUAUUUGAGGAUAUUGGAAAGCAUGAAAGUAUUGCAAGGAUCGUUCAGCGUGCAAGAAUGAUAACCAAUUAUAUUUAUAAUCAUAAUUGGUUACUUUCUUUAAUGCGAGAUAUAUGCAAAGGAGACAUCGUUCGACCAGGAGCAACAAGGUUUGCAACAAACUAUAUUGCUUUAAAUAGUCUCUUUAAAAAGAAAGCUUCUCUAAAACAAGUCUUUACAAGCGAUGCAUGGGCUGAGCAUCAAUUGAGUCGAACAAAAGCAGCACACUUUCUGAAUCCACGGUUCCAGUAUAAAGAAGGAAUUGGCACUGAUUCAGAUUUUGUACAAGCUGUUCAUGAUGUCUUUGCAGCAUUAUAUCCAAACUCGGAUCGUAUAUCUCAAUUUGGAAAUGAAAUAAUAUGCUUUAGAGAUGCACAAAAAGGGUUUGGUGAUCGUGCAGCAAUUGCCGCCCGGGCAGAAAUGAUACCUGCUGAAUGGUGGACAAUGUAUGGUAAUAGCACCCCAACACUCAGAAAAUUGGCAAUGCGUAUUUUGUCACAAACUGUAUCAUCAUCCGCAUGCGAGCGUAAUUGA